AUGGAGAGCUCCAGCACGCUGUGGCAGUUCCUCCUGCAGCUGCUGCUCGACCAAAGCCACAAACAUCUCAUCUGCUGGACGUCAGACGACGGCGAGUUCAAGCUGCUCAAGUCGGAGGAGGUGGCCAAGUUGUGGGGGCUGCGAAAGAACAAGAACAACAUGAACUAUGACAAGUUGAGCCGGGCCCUGCGCUACUACUACGACAAAAAUAUCAUCAAGAAAGUGAUUGGCCAGAAGUUUGUGUACAAGUUUGUUUUAUUCCCCGACAUUCUGAAGAUGGACCCGGCUGCCGUGGAGGCCGGGCGGAGGACUGAAGACUGCAGAGGCGUGGAGGUUGAGGACGAAGAUGGGAAACACUGUUACCUUCACCCCAGUCACACCCUAGAACGGCCCCGUUACAUCAAAACCGAGUCCAGAUACAAUCGCCAUGACGACAGCUCCACAGUCAUCCGGUUCGUCACCAACCGCGGCCAUUCCUCCCUCCCUUCAGUGACUGAAAACUCCCCGGCUCGCUCUUCCUCAUCACGGAGUCCCGUCCACGCAGUGACUGAUGAUUGCGAACAGGGCGAUGUACCUUUAAACCUGUCAUCGGGUCAGAGGGAGCGAGAGCGCUCCAAAUUCAACAAACCCAUAGACCUGGAAAUGUCAUCCCCGUCCCUGCUCGUGACGGGAAAUGAUCUAGUCUCCAUCGCCCUGAAAAGUCCAGCCCUUCCCUCUGGGUCAUUGACUCCAGCUUUCCUCACGGCACAGACGCCGUCGGGUCUACUGCUCACCCCCAAUCCGCUGCUGUCCAACAUCCACUUGUGGUCCAAUUUAAGUCCAGUGGGACCUUUAAGCCCAGGCCAUCUGCAGAGCCACGCCACCUUCCAGUUCCCUACCUUGUUGAACGGAGCCAUUCCGUUGCCUUGGCACAAUGUGGACAUUUCUUCUCCUUUGCUGAUGUCCUCCCACAAGUCCUGUUAACGGAGACCUGCGCCAAUAAGUCUUUUUUUAAAAAACAAAACACUGAAACUCUCAUUUUAUAUUUUUGUAUGGGGUGGGGUGGGGGGGGGGUGACAAUCAAAUGCAUUUUGUAUAUCACAGUUUGAGGAAAGUGCAAAGGUCAGCAUUUUUUGUUGAACAUAGUGAGGGAAAUCAUGAUUUUUGGGAGCUGCAACUGGAUUUAUGAACCAGUCAAGUGACAAUGACACAGCAGUUGAACUGGCUUUAACUUUUUUUUUUUUUUUUUUU